AAAGGAUAUCUUCAUUCACAAGAGAAUCUCAUUCCCUCUGAACACGGUGUUUUCAUUCAAGGGGGUACCCCUAAUUUUUUUUCAUUCCAUUCAAGCGCUAUUACACAUCUUCCCAUUUUUCCCCUGGAAUAUAUCAUGAACGCAGAAAAACCAGCUAGAUAUCAAUCGAUUUCCCUCCAAAUCUGAAACAAAUUAGCAACCAAAAUCGCAUAAAAUCAGCCACGUAUGGCAGCAUAUCGUCUCUAUAUAGGGCUUCAUUCGACCAUUCUUAUUAUUGGUAAUCCCCUUUUUAAGAUUUCUUUCAAGUUGAUCUGAAGUUAUACUCAUCAAGAAACGUCAUUUGUGAAGACCUCGCUACAGGAUGUUAUGCCCAGAGAGAAAACAAUAUAUGCAAAGAUUAGUGUAUGAAAGUGAUGAGACUUGUACACAACAAUUAAGAAUGAAUAGGAUAACGUUUGUUAAGCUUUGUCGUAUGGUUGAGAUUGAUGGCAAGUUAAAGGCCUCUAGGUAUCUCCAAGUUGAUGAACAAGUGGCAAUAUUUUUGUAUGUUUUGGCCCACCAUGUGAAAAAUCGUGUGGCGAAGUUCCAGUUUCGUAGAUCAGGAGAGACAAUUAGUAAACAUUUCAAUAAUGUACUCAAUGUUGUUAUUCGGUUGGAAAAAGAAUUGUUUAAGAAACCCGAGCCUAUAUCAGAAACUUCAACUGAUGAAAGAUGGAAAUGGUUCAAGGGAUGUUUAGGAGCAAUAGAUGGGACACACAUAAGUGUACAUGUAUCAGAGGCAGACAAACCUAGACAUAGAAAUCGAAAAGGGGAAAUUACAAUGAAUGUACUUGCUGCUUGCACUCCUGAUAUGCAAUUCAUUUAUGUAUUACCAGGCUGGGAAGGAUCUGCUGCAGAUGGUAGAAUACUACGUAGUGCAAUGCUUCAAGAAAAUGGGUUACAAGUUAGUAAAGGCAACUAUUAUCUUGUUGAUGUUGGGUACACAAAUGGAGAACGAUUCCUCGCACGAUUUAGAGGUCAAAGAUAUCAUUUGAAUACUUGGUUGAAUGGUCAUCGUCCAAAAAAGGCAGAGGAAUAUUUUAACAUGAAGCACUCGGCUGCAAGGAAUGUCAUAGAACGUUGCUUUGGGGUAUUAAAAAAAAUGGGCUAUACUUAGAAGUCCAUCAUUUUAUCCCAUUCGAACACAAAAUAAAAUUAUCCUUGCUUGUUGCCUUCUACAUAACUUUAUAUGAAAGAAAUUACCAUAUGAUCCACUUGACGAUGAUGACAUUAUUGACACAAACAACGAUGAGGAGGAUACAGAUCUUGGAUCACAAGUCGAGCACAUAACAACAAUUGGAAAAUCAAAUGAAUGGACGACUUUUAGAGAAAACUUGGCUAACUCAAUGUUUAAUUCUUGGAGAUCUAAGCAUAACUGAUUUCUUAUUGUUGCAUUAAUUACAUUGUGAUACAUUUUUAAUGAAUUUUAGUAAUAUUAUGUUUUUAGUUAUGUUGUGUUUGAUAGCGACUUGUUAUAUAUUUAGUUAAUGUUUCUAUAGU